AUGGUGCGCUCUUUGCCGAAGAAAAACAAUCCCCUCGUCCUGACGGAUGUGGCUCCUGCUUACGAUGAACUUCUUUCGCGCCGUCGUCUGGGCAAGACAAACCUCGCUGUGAAACCCACCCAGGUUGGCACUUCGAAUGCGACCAAGCCCGAGAACCUCGGUCCUUUUGAGUAUGCCCAUUUGCGCGCGCCGCUGCCCAGGGAUCUCAAGGGAUCUGAGAUCUUCCCUUCACACUCACCUCAGCAACAUCCCGAGACGUACUUUUUGAUGAGACGUAGCAAAGAUGGAUUUGUUAGUGCUACUGGAAUGUUCAAGAUUGCCUUUCCCUGGGCCAAGCUCGAUGAAGAACGGUCCGAGCGGGAAUAUCUGAAGACCCGGACUGAGACCAGUGAAGACGAGAUCGCCGGAAAUGUUUGGAUUUCGCCUCUCCUCGCCCUUGAGCUGGCAAAGGAGUAUCAGAUGUACGACUGGGUUAGGGCCCUGCUUGACCCCACCGACAUCGUCCAAAGCCCAUCGUCUGCGAAGAAGCAGAUCACCCCACCUCCUCGAUUUGACCUACCGCCCAUUGAAGCUCCUGCCAUACUCACUGCGUCCUCGACGCGCCUGAGAAGGGGACGGUCCGCCUCUCCUAGCAAGAAACUUAGCUCUCCGCGCAAGCCCCGGCAAACCCGGGCCAUGAAGGAGGCUAACGCUGCGGCAACCAGUGCAGCCAAUGCGAGCCUCCAGACUUCCUUAGACCUGACGGCCUCCACAGCGGAAACGGAAUCGGUCAUCGAGACUGUUCACCAGAGCGUCGAGGUUGAUGGCGACGAGAAGCCGGCUCCUAGCCCGAAGAAAGCGACACCCGCAUUCAGGACGAAGAAGAUAGCCGCCCGUAUGCAGCCAUUCGAGGAGCCCGAGAAGGAAGAGGAGAAGGAAGAGGAGAAGGUUCAGGUCGAUGUCGAGACCAAUGCCGAAUCUGUUGACGACGUCAGAACUACGCAGACCACCGUGUCUGUUGAGAUGCCCGUGACCCUUCCCGAGGCGCCGUCUGCUGCCGACACUGAGCAGAUGAUUGCCAAGGCGAAGGAGAUGGUUCAGGAGGCCGUCAAGCUCCAGACUGAAACGGCAGAGCCGUCGUCGGCAAAGGCGGCCAAGAAGCGCAAGACGGAAGUGCUCAGCGACGAUGAGGAAGAGGAGGAUGAAGAGACUAAGACCCUUCGUGUGAAGAGGGCCAAGGUUUUGGAAGAAAAGCUCAAACAGGAACGAGUGCGGAACCGUGCUCUGGUUGGGGUCACAGCUGCCUUCGCGCUUGCUGCCUCGAUUCCUUAUUUCUUCUAG